GACGUAACGACAUGAAAAGUUUUUUGAGGUUAUCUUCUCAUGUCAAAAAUUCUCUAAAAAAAAUUAUCAAUUUUCCUAGCUGUACCUAGAGUUUGGUAUUUCCUGAUAUUUUAUUAAAAAUUUACACAAAAUGUCCGAUUUUGAAUCAAUAAAUGCUACUGCCGGCAAUCAAGAGCUCAAAGAAAUGAUUAUGGCUGAAAAUCAAAAGGCACAAGCCACAGCACAUGUGCACGAAUUCAAUGAAAUCUGUUGGGACAAAUGUGUAUCGAAACCAGGAUCAAAACUAGACAGCAGUACAGAAACAUGUCUCACAAAUUGCGUUGAGCGCUUCAUUGACACAUCGAUUUUUGUUGCAAAACGUUUUGCCGACAGAUUACAAAAAACUGCCAACGGAUUGUGAAAUGCCUAAAAUGAUGAUUUAGAUAAAUAUGUAUAGCAAUCGAAUGAGUUUCCCGGUUGCCGCCAUGUGUUCUCGUUAUUAAUAAAAAACAAAAUUAAACAACUAA